UUGUUCAAUUAUUUAAUCCUCCUUGUUUCUCUCUUCUCGUUUCUCCCUCUUUCUCUGUUCUUGAGAGAAUCUGUGACAGAAUCGAUGGAUUUGCGGGGAUUUCUCCGGGUUCUUCUCUUCUCCGCCGAGAUUUUACUUCUCUGUCGUCUUUCUCCGGUCUCCGCCGGUGAUAUUAUCCACGAGGACAAUUUGGCUCCGAAGAAGCCCGGUUGCGAGAACGACUUCGUUUUGGUUAAAGUUCAAACGUGGGUUGAUGGUAUUGAGGAUGAAGAAUUCGUGGGUGUUGGUGCCAGAUUUGGGAAACCGAUAGUAUCCAAGGAGAAGAACGCGAAUCAGAUACACCUUGUUCUUUCAGAUCCCCGUGAUUGUUGUAGUCCGACAAAUAACAAGCUUUCUGGAGACGUUGUUAUGGUGGACCGAGGCAAUUGUAAGUUCACAGCUAAGGCAAACAACGCAGAAGCUGCCGGUGCAUCUGCUGUUCUUAUCAUUAAUAAUCAGAAAGAACUUUACAAGAUGGUUUGUGAACCGGAUGAAAAUGAUUUAGAUAUCAAAAUACCUGCUGUCCUCCUUCCUCAAGAUGCUGGUUCAACCUUGGAAAAAAUGCUCACCAAUAGUUCAAAAGUGUCGGUGCAGCUUUACUCCCCAAAGCGACCGGCAGUUGAUAUAGCAGAAGUGUUUUUGUGGUUGAUGGCUGUUGGUACCAUUUUGUGCGCCUCUUAUUGGUCUGCACAGAGUGCCCGAGAAGCUGCUAUUGAACAUGACAAACUACUCAAGGAUGCUGUGGAUGAAAUCCCAAGUGGCAAUGAUGUAGGUAGUGGCGUUGUAGACAUAAAUACAACGUCGGCUAUUCUUUUCGUUGUUCUUGCUUCAUGCUUCCUGGUUGUGCUUUACAAGCUUAUGUCUUAUUGGUUUGUGGAGCUUCUUGUUGUUCUUUUCUGCAUUGGUGGUGUCGAGGGUUUGCAAACUUGCCUGGUCGCUUUUCUAUCAAGAUGGUUCAAACGUGCUGGAGAAUCAUACAUAAAAGUACCUCUCCUCGGAGCUAUCUCGUACCUCACUCUGGCAAUUUCCCCUUUCUGCAUUGUUUUUUCCGUUCUUUGGGCUAUUUACCGAGAUGUCUCCUUUGCUUGGAUUGGCCAAAAUAUUCUUGGUAUUGCAUUGAUUAUCACGGUACUGCAAAUUGUCCAUGUCCCUAAUCUUAAGGUUGGGACAGUUCUUCUAAGUUGUGCCUUCUUGUACGACAUCUUCUGGGUAUUUAUUUCCAAGAAGUUGUUCCACGAAAGCGUGAUGAUUGUUGUAGCUCGCGGUGACAGAAGCGGGGAAGAUGGAAUCCCGAUGCUACUGAAGAUUCCACGGAUGUUUGAUCCUUGGGGAGGAUACAGCAUCAUCGGAUUUGGUGAUAUACUUUUGCCCGGUUUGCUAAUUGCCUUCUCUCUCAGGUAUGACUGGCUGGCUAACAAGACUCUCCGGACCGGCUACUUCAUUUGGGCAGUCACUGCCUAUGGAUUAGGUCUUUUGAUAACUUACGUGGCUCUUAACCUAAUGGAUGGACAUGGCCAACCCGCAUUGCUCUACAUCGUCCCCUUCACACUCGGAACCCUAAUAACAUUAAGCCGGAAGAGAGGAGAUUUCAAUGUUCUGUGGACAAAGGGAGAGCCAGAGAGACCAUGCCCUCAUAUCAGGCUUGAGCAGCAGAGCCCUCUUCCACACCAUUUCCACGACUGAAGUUACAAUGACACGAUUUGUAUAACGUAAAUGUAAUGUAACGUAAUAAUCUUUUAUCUUUGAAUCUAUGGUUGUGCUAUAUUAUCAUCGAUGAUCUCUGUCUGUAUGGUUUCUGUAAUUAUAUUAGAAUUUAGAUAUGCAUUCAUAUAUAUGUAUAUAUAUGCAUGCAAUGUGAGACAGUUGAUGGUGAAGGGCACGUGUGUAUAAGCAGACACUUCUGUUUUGGACA